AUGCUGGUUGUUAGAUGGGGGCGUUCUGUUUAUGAAAACAUUCAGAAAUUCAUCCAGUUUCAACUCAUUGUCAAUGCUGUUGCACUUGUUAUUAAUGUUGUUGCAGCAGUUUCUUCUGGUGAUGUUCCUCUGAAUGCAGUGCAACUUCUUUGGGUUAAUCUCAUAAUGGAUACACUUGGAUCUUUGGCAUUGGCCACUGAACCACCUACUGAUCACCUGAUGCAUCGACCUCCGGUUGGUCGGAGGGAACCGUUGAUAACAAAUAUAAUAUGGAGGAACUUGCUAAUUCAGGUAUAUAUUAUUAUUAUUGGGAAGCAGGUGUAAGUUGUUGUUUGAUAACUUACAAUUUCUAGCUAGC